AUGAAAAAUGAUCUUCUUCCAUCUGCCAAUCAGAAAGAAGUUCAGAAAGAAUCUGAAGGUUGUCUCAAAAAAUAUCGCUACCGUAUUUUAUUAUUUCUGAUAGUGCUUGGAUUAUUUGGCGUGUACUAUAAUUAUUUGGAAAAUAUGAAUGAGUUGGAGAAAAUGUUUGAAGACUUUGUGCAUGUUUAUGAGAAACGAUAUAGGUCUCAACAAGAAAAAGAUCAUCGUUUUAGUAUUUUUAUGAGGAAUGUGAGAAAACACGAGGAAGAUGAAAAACGGUAACUACAUAUGAUUGAAAAUUUUUUGCAAUAAACAUUGUUUUUUCAAUUUCAGUCACAACGGUAUUAAUCUUGGUGUAACUCAAUUUUCCGAUCGAACAGAUGAUGAACUCAAAAGUUUACUUGUUCCAAUCUCGAGUUCGAAUGGCAUCACACAAUCAUAUUCACUUGAAACACAGGGGAAAACAAGUUCCACGGAUCACCCAGCUCAUUUUGAUUGGCGUGAACGAAAUCACGUAACUCCAAUCAAAGAUCAAGGUUAUUGUGGAUCUUGUUGGGCGUUUUCAACAGUUGCAACAGUUGAGAGUUUGAACUCAAUAAAGCGUGGAAAAUUGAUAAGUUUAUCAGAGCAAGAAAUUUUGGAUUGUAAUCCAAAAUAUUAUGGUUGUUCUGGCGGGACAACAGCAAGUGCAAUGGAGUGAGUAUUCACUUUAAUUCAGAAAAACCAAGUUUAUUUUUCUAGAUUUGUGCGAGAAAUUGGUUUGUGCACAGAAGAGGAAUACAAAUAUAGAGCAGCUGACAGUGAAAAAUGCUUGAGAACCAAAAACUUGGUACCUUAUUCCAAAACACUCCAUCCAAAAAUAAAAUAUUUUCAGACACGUAUAUCCAUCGAUGCCUACAUAUUUUUACCAAAAAACGAGACUUUUGUAGCAAACUGGAUUGCGAAAAAUGGACCGGUGACAUUUGCCAUGACUACAACUCGACCUUUAUUAUUCUAUCGUUCUGGAAUAUAUCAUCCCUCUUCAGAAGACUGUGCUGAUAAAUCUUUGGGAUCUCAUGCGAUGGCUAUUGUUGGAUAUGGAAGCGAGAAAGGGAAAGAUUAUUGGAUUGUCAAAAAUUCUUGGGGUAAAAAUUGGGGUGAGAAUGGGUGAGUUUUUGAGUAGUAUUCUGCUCGUAACUUUUGUCUUCAGGUACUUGAGAUUGAUACGUGGUAAGCAAGUAUGUUCGAUGAUGGAUAGAGUUGUUGCUCCAGUUAUCAAUUAA